GUUAGGCAUCUACAGUUGUAGUUCUUUCCUCCUCCGUCUAGUACGAACAUUUUCCAAGUACUAUUAAAGCUCUUUGCCAUUCCGUGGUUUGCUUCCAGGGCGAUCUUGUCACGUGGUUCUGGCGCGAUUUCUGCCUGAUAUAUACGGCAUAAUUGAGGCAUCUACGUGCUGGCCGAGGAUGCUUUCAACGCCGCAAUCGUGGGCACGCGAUUGAAGCCCUCUGCCUCUCCUUUCAAGUCGCAAUCAAUAAAAUAUAAAUCUCCCAUUUUUCAAUUCCAUGACUCAGUAACCUCAUCCCUGCCGUGGAACAACCUCUGCUCAUCCGCUCGGGAUAUCACACCGACCUCUGGUUCCUCCGCGGGGAGCCAAGUUCAACAUCACCAUGUUUCGACAAGCAAAGCCAUUGUCCACUGCCGCCUCUCUUCUUAAAUCUCAAACAUCCCUCCCCGCCACCCGCCACUAUUCCUUCCAAGUCUUCCGCGAUGUCCCUCCGCUCCGAACGCUCCGCCGCGAGCUCCUCCUCUCACAGCGCACCGUAGGCCUCGUACCUACAAUGGGUGCCCUACACGAAGGCCACCUCUCGCUAAUCCGCCAAGCAGCCUCCGAAAACACCGACGUCGUCGUAAGCAUUUUUGUCAACCCCACACAAUUUGGAGUGAACGAGGAUCUCUCAAGCUACCCCCGCACAUGGGACUCCGACGUCAUGAAACUAGAGCAAUUAAACACCGAGCUUUCGUCGGGGACUGGGGAUGGAAAUAGUAAAGGGCGGAUCACGGCUAUCCUUGCGCCAACGGCGAAGACAAUGUACCCUACUCUCCCGCCUUCCUCGGAGGUCGACGGCGACGGCUCGUUCGUGACGAUCACGCCGCUGUCUAAGAAGCUGGAGGGUGCGUCACGCCCUGUCUUCUUUAGGGGGGUUGCGACGGUAUGCAUGAAGCUUUUCAACAUUGUUGGUGCCGAUCGGGUUUACUUCGGGCAGAAGGACGUCCAGCAGACGGUUGUUAUUAAGCGCAUGGUCAAGGAUUUCCACCUCGAUACCGAUGUUCGAAUCGGGCCUACUAUGCGGGAGGACGAUGGAUUGGCCUUGAGCUCGCGGAAUGUAUAUCUGGGAGACCGGAGACGCGCUGUAGGACUCGCUCUCUACACGGCUUUGAGAGCAGCUGAGGGCGCAUAUCAGUCUGGAAAGCUCAACCGGGCUGACAUUCUAGAUGCUGCGAACAGUAUCACGGAAGGGGUGCUAUCGAAGCAAAAGAAUCUGUCUGAGUCGGAGCGUGCCCUGUUUGAGGUUGAUUAUAUAUCUCUGGCUGAUCCGGAAUCACUUGAUGAGGUUGACGCCGUUGACCCUGCAAAGGGCGCCAUUCUCAGCGGUGCGAUUAAAAUGGCUCCCCUUGAAAAGACAAACUCUGGAGAGGACUGCGGUCUUGGAGAUGGCAAGGUUCCAGUCCGGUUAAUUGACAACCUGAUAUUGAAACCUGUGAAUUGAUAAAGAAAUUUAUUCGUUUAGCUAGAAUUGUAUAUAUUUUCCAUAUCUUGGAAUGAUCGAGGGGUUGUACAACAUAUAUCACAUAUACUAUUAAAUAACAUUGAUUAUCGGGUG